AUGCUGCAGCCAUCGAAACUGGCUACCAUUUCAACAUUACUGGAUUUGACACCUGGAGUCAUAGAUUUCGGUGAUAAAAAUAGAACUGUAUCUGUGCAGCUUUCCAAUGUCACCAGCCGGACACUGACCAUCCAUCCAAAGGCAGUGAUUUGUGAGCUCCAACCAGUAGUCAUGGAGAAACCACCGCCCUCCAUGGAGCAAAAGGAGAGACUCAGUAUAUUGGAUAUCCUAGAUUUUUCCUCAUCGAAGGAUGUGCCUUUGUCACCGUAUCAGCUUAGUGAGGGAAUGGAACUGAUCAAGAAGUAUGAGGAUAUAUUCUCGAAACAUGAUAAUGAUAUUGGUCAUUCCACUAUGGUACAGCACAGGAUAAGACUUGAAGACGAAACCCCUUUCAAGCAACGUCACCGAAGAAUCCCACCAUCCAUGUUGGAGGAGGUUAAAGGACACCUUCAGCAACUUUUGUCAGGAGGGAUCAUCAGGAAGUCGCAUUCACCAUGGACUUCUAAUGUUGUGUUGGUGAGGAAAAAAGAUGGCAGUUUAAGGAUGUGUGUGGAUUACCGGCAAAUGAAUAAUCGCACUAUCAAAGAUUCUUACGCCUUGCCUAGAAUAGAGGAGAUCUUAGACUGUUUGAGUGGUAACAAGUUUUUCACUGUGCUGGAUAUGAAGAGUGGUUACCACCAGGUGGAGAUAGAUGAACCACACAAAGAAAGAACAACAUUCACUGUUGGACCUUGUCGCCAAAGAAAUGCUGGUAUAGAAGCUGAUCCAGACAAGAUUGCAAAGAUUCGAGAUUGGCCAGAACCAUCAACGCCUGAAGAUGUAAGAAAAUUUUUAGGAUUUGCCGGAUAUUAUCGCAAAUUUGUACCCAACUUUGCUCAUAUUGCCAGACCGCUCACUGAUUUACUACCACCUACUCAUAAGAAGUCAGCAAAGUCUAAGAAGCAGGAAGAAGUUGAGUGGAAAUGGGGCACCCGGGAAAGAAUAUCAUUCCAAAACUUGAAAGAAGCUCUUUCAUCACCACCUGUUCUUGGAUUUGCCGAUUACACCAAACCAUUUGAGCUUCAUACAGAUGCAAGUUCAAUCGGUUUGGGAGCUGUUUUGUAUCAGGACCAUGAUGGUACAUGCCGUCCAGUUGCUUACGCCAGUCGUGGACUUACAAAAACGGAGAAGAAUUACCCAGCUCAUAAGCUAGAAUUUUUAGCUAUGAAGUGGGCCAUUACCGACAAGUUUCAUGUUUAUUUGUAUGGAAACCACUUCACAGUUUACACGGAUAACAACCCUUUAACCUAUGUACUUUCGAAGGCAAAACUGGAUGCUGCAGGCCAUCGCUGGUAG